UGACCUCUAAACAUAGGUACAUUACCAUGUGGUUAGAGUGAAAUUAUCCGAUAGUGUUACCUCGGAGAUCCGUGAAGUCAGAUUUUUUAUGUACAAAAUGUCUCAAGAAAAAUCACAAGACGGAGAGACGAUCCGAGAUUGCAUUGUGAUUGAAGAUGGAGCUAGUGGAUAUCCCCUUGAUAUGUUCUGUAUACCGAACCACUACCAAGGAACGCUGGACCGAAUACUUAUCCCAGGGGGUCUUAUAAAGGACCGGAUCGAGCGUUUAGCGCAAGACAUUGUCCGUGACUUUUCCUCAGAAGGAAUGGUGGCGCUGUGUGUAUUAAAGGGAGGUUACAAGUUCUUUACCGAUUUACUAGAUAGGAUAAAACAGAUGAACAGCCAUAUGGAGAAGCCUCUUCCAUUGGCCGUUGACUUUAUACGUCUCCGAAGCUAUGUGGAUGACCAGUCAAGUGGCAAAAUAGAUGUGAUUGGCGGUGAUAGCUUAGAAAAUCUCAAGGGCAAGAACGUGCUUAUUGUAGAAGACAUUGUAGACACAGGACGGACAAUGGAACGACUCCUUGAUCAUCUGAAACAAUUUGAAUGUAAAAUGGUGAAAGUUGCGAGUCUUUGUGUGAAGAGAACGGUCAGGAGGACAGCUAUUGUUGGAUACAGACCGGACUACACAGCGUUUGAACUUCCUGAUGAAUUCAUUGUAGGCUAUGCUUUGGACUACAAUGAAAUGUACCGUGACCUUAACCAUGUUUGUGUUGUCAAUGAAGUGGGAAAGAAAAAAUAUGCGGUCCAAAAGUGAUUGUUACCAAAAAUAGGAAACAGAAUGCAUGCUGGAAUUGCCAUGGUCUUCUGACACUCCCUCAAAGCACAAUUCGUCUGUGACCUACUUAUUCAGGAAUUAAUGUGUCCUAUUGAACCAAUCUUGGUCAUUUGGACUCAAUAAUAAACCAUUGUGAUAAUUAUCCAAACACACAAACAUAAAAUAUAAAAGACUUGUGAAUAAUAAUCUGUACACAUUGAAAAAUAUACUUAAUGACCUUGAGAACCAAAGAUUUAUUGACCUUGAAGAACUGUGAAACGUGUACCUAUGACUUUGAGUACCAAAGAUUUUACAGUGACCUUACAGAAUUCUAGAGUGAAAAUGUACUUAAUGACAUUGAGCUGAAAGAUUUACUUGCACUGAACUCUGCUGUGAAAAAAAUGACCUUGAGUACCAGAGAUUCAGUGACCAUGCAACUUAAAAGGUGACCUUGGAAGAAAAAGGUUACUGGUACCUUGGAGGAAAUAUUAAAGGAGAUAGAUUUAUGUUUACAUGAUAUCACAAACAGAAAUGGUACAGAUCUUUAACAAUGUUUAAUCAAUGCCAGCACAAAUGAAGAUAUUUUCAAUGUCAAGGUCAAAUCAUCAUAAGCGGGUCCAACAAAGGACCAAUGGUCAAUGAGUUGAAUACAUCAGAUUGUAACUUUGUAGAAAUCUUUUUACAUAUAUCAUUGUAUUUGUCAAAUUCUGGUUUUGUACCUCCGAGUCAUCAAAAUUCAAAAUGAUCACCUCCUGAGGCAGGGGUUUGGUCUUAUCGGUAAGCCUGUGUGUUGAGGCCUGAGACAAGUCUGAAAUCAUAAAAUAAUGAGAUCUAUAUCAAGUAAAGGUAAAGAAACUUACCGGAGGUAAUUAAGUUUGUGAAGGCCUCAGUGAUAGCUUACACACAUCAGCUGAGUAGUUCAGCACUGUAGAAAUGUUUGAAAACUUUUAGCAGUUUUUCAAUGGAGGAAUACAAUUAUAAUACUUCAGCAAUGGGAUGUGGCUGAAAAACGCAUGUCCAUCCAAGCAGUUGAGGUAACUUGGUAUCUUGCACAAAGCCAUGACAGUUACAGAGUGGACUGUACAAACCGAGACUGCAAUUGAACCACACUCCACAUUAAAAUUUUCUAAGUACAGUAUGCAGCUACCAACUAACUUAUUGCAGCCGCCCUGACCUUCCCCACCAAGACCCAUUGAGGAGCCGAGAAUAAAAAUGAAUUAAAUAAGAUUUAAUUUGAAUAUUUAAAUAAUCUAAUAUGAAAUAAGAUUUAACCAGAAAUCUAUGUAGGGAAGUUAAUUUUAUUAUAUUAGCUGCAAUACACAUGCGGGCAGUAGAAUUUACGUUGAAACCUAAAUGCAUGCAAGGUUUUACAGUAUAACUGUAUUGAUGAUUAAUGCAAUGUGGUCUGUUGAAGUUUCCUCUACAUUGGUUUUGUUGUAUCUCUUAUGACUUGAAAGUGUCUUUUAGUCCCAAUUUCAUAUUGUUACACUUGCGAGUAUUAUUUGUUAAAUACUCAAAUAUCAGAGAUAAUUAUCUGUAGUCUUGACACAGUGUUUAAAAUGUUCUACUGACGGCAAAGUUACAUGCCAUCUAUGACCGAGAUUUUGAUAAAAAAGUAUUAACAAUUAAAGAUAAGGCUUAUGGAGACAUAAAGCAUACUCUAGGUGUCAGUACUUCAAACUAAUUAGUCUUAUCCAUAUGACACAAAAAGGAUGAUUUUAUUUUUGGUGUUAUGAAAUACGCAAUAAAUUUCUCUAUUAAUUUUAUUUUUAAUACAUCCACAGACAUUUCUAGGGUCUGUCAAUAAAAUGUCAAUAGUAUUCUGUCCUGUAGUGAGCUUGUAACUCCUUGAUUGAUAAAUUGAGUCUGAGAUUAUAGUUACUGGGUAUUAACAAUUCUGACUAAUUGAAGGAUAAAACUGAUAUUUUGCUGACUGAAAGCUUUUUAUGACUCAUUUCAUAAUUUUUUUUUUAAAUUUGUAUUUUUCCUAAACUAACAUUAUUUUCAAAGCUAAUACACUGCCAUCCAUCAGUUCCUAUACACUUUCAGACAAUAUUUUGAAUUCGGUAAAUAUGAAAAUAAUAUUGUAUAUAUAGUUAGUUAUUUUUUGUCUGAUAACUUCUGAUCAGAAUGCUUUUUUAGACUAUAGUCGAUACUGAUAAUGGUGAUCAACAUUUCCUCAAAAAGCAACAUUUUUGCUAUAUUAUAUCUUUUUAGAAAUUUUGAUCAAUUGAGAGCAUAUUUUCAAGGAUCAUAAUUUUUGGAAGGGAUAAUUCAUAGAGUGUAAUGUUUUGGUAUAUUGUACAUCUUUUAAUAAAAAGUUUUAUGUAUUUUUGGAAUUUCUUGGAAAAUAUGUCCCUGACCCUGAAGUUCCUUCAUUAGGGUUUAUUUCACACAAAAAAUUGCCACAUUGUCACUGACAAAUUGAUAAUUCUUCGUGAAAUUUAAAAGUUACAGUUUAUGAUUUUAUAAUAUUUCUACAAGUCAAAAGAGAGUGUGAAGUUUUUUAUGGAUGUCUUUUAUGUGUGUUUACUGGUGUACUUGCGUUACAGUCCUAUGAAUACAUAAAUGUGUUAUACUUUCAUUAUUUUAGUCUAUAUGCAUAUCCAUCACAUUUUCCAGUAUUUUUCAGACACAUUUUAUGCGAUUGUCAGUGUUUUCUAACAAAAUCUAUAGUCAAUGGCAUGGUACAUUACUUUAGAAUACAAUUUGCAUCAUGGGUAAUGUGUAUUAUUGCUUUUAUUUUCUAGGGUACGUUUAUUUUGACUUUUUUUACCUGGAAUGCCGACAGUCAGUAUGACUAUUUUAUAUACACCAUGGUAUGUAAGCUAUGGGUACUGUGUACCAAUUAAAGAUUGCUGUCAACUGUGAGAGACAUCUGGGCCCAGUUGUUCAAAUAAUGAUCAGGAUUUUAUUCACGGUUUAACAACAAUUUCAAAAUCCUGAUAAAAUCAUUAUUAGUAAAGCUGAUUAGACCAAAUUUUAUGAAACUCUUGCACUCUUCAAUCUCUCCCUACACAUUUAUCUUUAGAAAUACACACACUCAGGUUUUGAAGUAAGUGAGAAAUUAAAAUUUCAUUAAUCAACUGAUUAAGCUAAUCACCCUUUGAACAACUGGGCCCUGAUGAUGAACUCUUGCAAAAACAGAAACUUGGUGUCCAAUAUUCUGGUAACUAAACAAUUGCAAUACAAGCAGGUACAAUGUAUAUGUAAACUAUCAAGAUUUUUACAACUUGUUCCUGGUCUAUAAAUAUGUAAAAUUCUCUAACCUCCAAGUUAUACGUUGUGUUAUCUGAUCUUCUCCUUGGCCUGAGAGAUACCAAUACUAGUUUACUGGCUUUUCACCUAGGUUCUUUAUUAAAACAGGAUCUAUAGUUCUAAACUCUGUUUCUGCAUGCUGCAAUGCUGUACAUAAAUGAUAAAAAAACGACCAGAAGAUUGUUGCAUUCAUAUGCAUGGCUAUGAAAGCAAUUAAACCAGUGCCAUAUAUUUAUUGAAGUUCCAUAAUGAACUCUUGGAAACACUGUGAGGAAGAAACCAAUCGCACCAAAUUUGUUUUAAAUAUGUUUAUUGUAAAGUACCAAAUUUAGUUUAGAUCUUUGUCAGCAGAUGUUUACCUUUGUUGGUUUUAAAACUUAUUUAAUAAAUAUGUUGUGGAUUUCUUUUGAUAUUACAAAUAAUAAAUGAUUUAUCAUACAUCCAAACAGUCAUUUUGCCAUAAUGGUAUUUUGACCCUUGGGUCAUUUCACUGUAAUUCAAAUUACUAUGCUACACUACACCAGGGUAAAUCUUCAAUCUUGACCCUUUAUAUACAGGUAAUAUAGUUUUGUACUGUCAGUUGACCCCAGAAAUUUAGUACUAUCAGAAUUCAAACAAAAUUUCCAUGCAAAAUGAAGGGCCAAAAAUAAAUCUUAAGUAAGCUAGCUCAUUUUGUUGAGUCAAAAACAUACUAAUAGUAAUUUUAAUAUCAGUCAGGGGUGGCUCAGUGAGCUGAAACCCACAGUGGAUGAAAAUACAAAAUGUAGUCUGUAGAAUGAACGAAAUGUUUGUUUGUCCAGAUAACACGAUAUCUGCAAGAAUUAGAUGUAUGUAACUAUAAUGACUAAAAAGUAUGGGAUGAAAAGAAAAUCAUAUUGUUUAGGUUUAAUUUUCUUUGUUAUUAACUAUUUGACAAAUGUUCAGAAUUGAAUUGUUAGAUUGUUAUUGUUGUCUGUGCAGUUCAGUUGACAAAUGUUUCGUUAAUUGUUCCUGUUAAUGUGUUUUAGGUCAUAUGACCUGAUCUUUGAUGUACAGUAUGUUUGCUGUCUCUAUGGUUUAUAAUGGAGAGUUGAAGAGUUUCUGUGAAUAUGAUGAAUUGAAUUUACCGCAAUUGAUCAGUGAACUUAUUCAAGUCAUGUAAUUACAUUAUAUGAACAGUUGUAGUAAAUGCGGUGAAGGCUACUGGUUUGUAAUUAUAGUUGAAUAAUUGAAAUUACUAAGGGAGAUAAUUGAAUGGUGUUUGACAUUCUGUACCCUAGGUAUUGUAUUUUAACUUCAAACAAUUGGAAUGCAGGGCAUCCAGUUGACCCUUGAUUUUUAGCCAUUUCAAAAGUCAGUGUCAAAUCACUAUGACAAUACCCAGUAAGUGGGGCACGUCUAGGAAUAUCAGUCUAUAUGAUGUGCUACUUCAUUGCCCAGGAAUAAGCCCAUAUCCUACUUUCGUGUGUAAAUGUUUAUAAGCUAGUAUUGUCUGUAUAUAUUUGGGCCAUGAGGCUUAUUACAGGACAAGUAUGGUAAUGCUUUUGAAGGAAAACAAUUCUUCGUCAGCUGUAUAAGUAUUAACAAUUAACCAGCAGCUACAACUGCUGGUUUGUUCAUGAUCUAUAGAUAGUUAAAACAGGCCCUUUUGGCCUUUAAUUUGUUUGUAAAGUUUGUACCGGUAUUUGGUUUAUGUUUUUUGAUUUUUGAAGAAAAAAUGUUCUUACAAUUUUUCUUGAUCCAUCAUUUUUUAAAGAAUAAAUGCACUCCCAUGUACCUAGCUGCCAGCUAGGAAUUGGAGAACUCAAUUUCUUAAAUAAACUUCAAAGAUAGUAAUUAC